AUUAAAAUAAGCUUUAUUAAAUAGUGUGCUAUAAAAUUUGUCUCUUUCUUGUGCUUUAAUUCUGCCAGUCUCUGUAGAAAAAGAAAACCAUUGCCUCCGCUCUCUUUCCUUAUUUCUCAUAAACCACCUCACCCGGCGCACGAUAGCACCCAGCCAUAUUUUUUUUCGUUUUUAUUCACUUAUAAAUGACGAGAGAGCUUUCUCUCUUUUCUCGAAAUUUCGUUACCUUACAGUGAAAGCGUCACCAAAGUUCUCUGCUGAUUUCUUACGCCAGAUCUAUCAAAACAUCUUAAGCGAGUACGGCCCUUACAAAAACGAGCAAGAUUGAGUGAUUUGAAGGCCAGAGCUGGAUGCACUAGUUUGGCAUGUGGGGACGUCAACGUUAAGCAUUCUCGAUGUACAAGAGGAUGCCAUCAAGAGAUCAUUCAGCUGUAGUGGAUGUAGAAGAGAGCUCAGCUCUCUUACAGAACAGCGCGGAUGUGGAAACUACAAAUCCUUCAUGGUGGCUUUCUUUCCCGCAUGUAAUAGUGGCAACCAUUUCUUCAUUCCUGUUUGGCUACCACCUUGGCGUAGUUAAUGAACCGCUUGAAAGCAUCUCUUUAGAUUUAGGUUUCAGUGGGAAUACCCUGGCUGAAGGUCUGGUGGUGAGUACAUGUUUGGGUGGUGCUCUUAUUGGAUCUUUGUUCAGUGGUUGGAUUGCUGAUGGUUUUGGGCGUCGUAGGGCAUUUCAAUUGUGUGCUCUGCCUAUGAUUAUUGGUGCUUCUACAAGUGCAACAACAAAAAGUUUGGCAGGUAUGCUCAUUGGAAGGUUCUUAGUUGGGACUGGAAUGGGACUUGGUCCACCUGUUGCAGCUCUUUAUGUGACAGAGGUUUCCCCUGCUUCUGUAAGGGGAACUUAUGGAAGCUUCAUCCAGAUUGCAACAUGUCUGGGUCUUAUGGCAGCUCUUCUUAUUGGAAUCCCUGUCAAAGAAAUUGCUGGCUGGUGGCGCAUUUGUUUCUGGAUCUCCACUAUUCCUGCUGGAUUCCUUGCAUUUGCUAUGAUGUUUUGUGCAGAGAGUCCACAUUGGUUAUACAAGCAAGGAAGAAGCGCUGAUGCUGAAGCUGAGUUUGAGAGGCUUUUAGGUGGAUCACCUGUCAAAUAUGCCAUGGUAGAAUUAUCCAAAUUGGACAGGGGGGAUGAAGCAGACACCGUGAAACUCUCAGAACUGCUCUAUGGCCGCCAUUUCAGAGUUGUUUAUAUUGGGGCAACCCUAUUUGCUUUACAACAGCUAUCUGGUAUAAAUGCUGUAUUUUAUUUUUCAUCAUCUGUCUUUAAAAGUGCGGGAGUACCAUCAGACAUUGCGAAUGUGUUAAUCGGAGUUGCAAAUUUAUCAGGAUCUAUCAUUGCGAUGCUUUUAAUGGAUAAACUUGGAAGGAAGGUGCUUCUUUUGUGGAGCUUCUUUGGCAUGACUAUAUCAAUGGUCCUUCAAGUUGCUGCGGCAAAUACUUAUGUGUCUGGCUCUGGAUCUUUAUACCUAUGGCUAUCUGUUGGCGGAAUGCUAAUGUUCGUCUUAACAUUUGCACUAGGAGCUGGUCCUGUUCCAGGUCUCCUUCUACCAGAAAUUUUCCCUAGUCGAAUUAGGGCAAAAGCUAUGGCAUUCUGUAUGUCAGUGCACUGGGUAAUCAAUUUCUUUGUUGGUUUGCUGUUCCUGCGUUUGCUGGAGCAACUUGGGCCGCAACUCUUAUACUCAAUAUUUGCAAGCGUUUGCAUGACAGCUGUGAUCUUUGUUAAAAAGAAUGUAAUGGAGACCAAAGGAAAAUCUCUUCAAGAAAUCGAGAUUGCUCUUCUCCCACAGGGAUAGAGGUCAAACAUAAAUCUUGAUUUAACAAUAGAUUUCAUGCAACCAACUUUUCGUAGACAGAUGGGUGUUUGACGUAAAGUUACGGUUGUAAAAAUCCAUCUGGCCCCUUAAUUCUUUCGGGCCAAUGUGAUCUGUGGGGGGCUUUAUUUUCUCAUAAUAUUGUAGUAAGACCGAUGUAUUCCGGCCUCAAAUGAUAUAAGAAGUGCCGUCGAUAAUGCUAA